CAUGAAAUUCGAUGCGUUUCAGUUCAGAUUACGCCCUUCAGGGGGUACCUUGAUUUGGGUUAACACUCCUAUAUCUGCCUGCCAUUUGUGGCAUUUUCUUGUUUUACGAUUGACUCUGUUAUAUCAAGGCAUUUGGAUGCUACAUUUAGCUAUCGUGUCGCGCCGUGUAUCUACCCUAAAUCUUGUGAAUGCUCCGCCUCCCUUUGUAAUAUCAGUGCCCCAGAGUUUUUGAGCACAGUGGGGAAAACAAAUAAAUUGUUUUUGUUUUGGCCUCGUUAUUGCUUGGCAUAUUAUUUACCGUUAUUUUGCAGAGACGCACAUGUCCCAGGACGGGAAUGACGUCAGCAAACUUCCGCACUUUUCUUGUAACUGAAGUUCUUUCUCAGUUUUACAACAGGUAAGUUUCAUAUCUCUGGUUGGAUUUGGUUAUAAUUGACUAUUAUUCAGGCUUAAUGUAAGACAUGUGGAUCAGUGAUGGUUUGGCUGUAAUAUCAUAGCAUUACCCAGGCCCACUACUUGAUCUGGAUGGACGCAUCACUGUCUGUACUGAGCCAUCGGAGGGGACCACGUUCAGUCAGUGGUUCAAACACUGCACCCUGAAGGUGGUGCCAUGUAUCAGGAUGAUAAUGCCCCAAUUUUCACAGCAAUAUUGGGGACACAGUGUUCUGAUGACAUGAAAGUGAAGUUGAACAUCUCCCACGGUCUGUACAGUCACCAGAUCUGAGUAUUAUUGAGCAACUUUGGGGGUUCAAAAUCACUCUGCAGGACUUGUAUUUGUCAUUCCCAAGACGAACUGAUGCUGUAUUGGGCGCAAAAGGAGGACUUUACAUCUUACUAAUAAAUUAUUGUAUUCUAAUUUCUAAAACUAUGCGUUUCAGUUUCAUUGUCCAACCUUUGUAUUCAGAUUAAACAUAUUCAUUGAGAGAUUUUGUUUUAACCAGUUUCUGUUGCUUAUAUUCUUAUCAAUGCGAAUGUUUCUGAGUUAAAUUUUACAUAAUCGAAUGACUAGAUCAUUGCAAUUCUGAUAUGACAGUCACGAUAUGUAAUUACAGUCUUCUCCCUUGUGCACUAUAAAAGCAUCCAGCGAUCCAACGGGCACAGUAAAGUUUUUCGAAGUGGUGCGGAUUUUCCGUGUUAAGUUCGUUUGGCCACUUUAUUCAGUAAGCAAACUACGUCCACUGCAACGAUUGGAUUCUUGGUUCCUUUUCUGGCGGUUUGAUCUGAUUUACAUGACGCGCAUAAUUAAUAAAUGCCAAUGUCAAACGAAUAAAUUGUUCCCAAGUCUGUCUCGGCGUAAGAAGAUGCACACCGGUUACCGGUAUCUGUAAACAUGCAUAAACUGCUCUUUUAGCUUGAUGAAAACGCCUGAAGGACUGGCGGUGGUAUUGCAUGGGCUAACAGAGCAGGUCUUCUGAUCUAUCUCCUUCAUAUAAUUUGGGAAAUAUGGAAGACCAGUCUGCCAAGAUUAACGCGGAUUAUGAAAUUCUGGUGGAAAUUGGAGAAGGGGCCUACGGCAAGGUCUACAAAGCCAGGGCGAUAAAGGACCCGCAGCGCCUCGUAGCGGUGAAGAAGCUGAACAUUCCGGUAGACUCUGAAAGCGGGAUUCCGGCUUUCAUGAUCAGAGAGGUGGCGCUUGAAAAAGAUCGAGUUUUCAACCACCCUAAUAUCGUAAAGUUAUUAAAUGUAUCAGCUACCUGGAAGAAAAGCUUGGAUUUGACUUUGGUGUUUGAAUACGUUGAUCAGGUGUCAACGUUCCUGGCUAAAGCCCCACAGGCAGGCUUAUGCAGAGAGAUGAUUAAGAACUUGAUGGUCCAGCUGCUGCAAGGCCUGGACUUCCUGCACGUCAACAUGCUGGUGCACCGUGACCUCAAGCCGGCCAACGUGCUCAUCAGCGGCCAGGGUCGGGUGAAGAUUGCGGACUUUGGGUUGGCGCGCAUCUACACCAGCCGCAUCGCUCUGACGCCAUGUGUCGUGACGCUGUGGUACAGAGCACCUGAGGUCUUGCUCCACUCCAGCUACACGUCCUCCGUAGACAUGUGGAGCUCAGGGUGCAUUUUUGCAGAGUUCUUCCUCCUGAGGCCAUUGUUUUGUUGCCUUUCUGAGGUACAGCAGCUGCAAAAAAUUAUUGAAGUCAUCGGUCUUCCGCCAGAGGAAGACUGGCCAGCAGAGAGCGCCGUCGCCUAUUCUCCAAACUGGGCAGGUGAUAGAACAUUAAGCCAGAUGCUGCCAAACCUGGACCUGGAGGAGAAUGAUCUGCUGUCGAAACUCCUGACCUUCAACCCCCUGAAACGGAUCCCAGCGUCCAAAGCCCUGGACCACCCCUUCUUUAAGGGCCCGUAGCAGCGGGAUCUGGGAGACGGCACUGGAGGCGGGAUUUGGGGGCGUCGACUCUCUCAUAGUCAGUCCUCCGCUGGGAUUUGACUGUAGAUCACUGGAAAUGAGCAAUCUGAUGGGAUUUAUGUUGGAGAAGGAGAACAUCAUCGGUGGUGCUUGAUUAAGUGACACACAGUAGUAGUGUUGUGAACGAGGGGCUGUUGUUACUUGUCAUUGUCAUUGCGGUGAGCAGACAGCCACCGGCGCCAGGAAGCGGCCAUGAAGUCUUCAGUCGCCCCCAGUUAUUUUACUUAAUUCUACUGUUGACUAUCGUUUAGAUGUUUUAUGGGGUUGGAUCUUUGGAUGUGAUCCAUUUCCCUGAAGGUCCUCCUAGGUUCAUGCCAUUUUUAGGCUCCUGGCUCAGAGAUAAUAUAUCACUGGUGUAAACACUUUUGCCUGUGCCUGGGCUUUAAGAGGCAGAGCUGAUACAUGGGCAGGAGAUGUACUGGGGGCUGGUAGCGUGGCUGAACUCUCAGAUGGCCUUUUCCGCUUUUAGUGGCGAGGGGGAGGGGGGAACAUCGUAAGGGGAGUUUAAGCAUUACUCACAUAAUGCAGAUAACAUUUUAUUCAUCAUAGUUACCGGCGUUUUGGGGUCACAGGUGUCAAGGUCAAGACAGAGAGCCUUUGACAUCCAGGCUUUUCUGUGUCAAGUAGUUAUCACUCUGAGGUUGAUGAUUCAUUCCCCUGACUGCAGGGACUUGUGUGAGAUGUAGGUAUGGAGUGUAUGUAUUUAUUCAAUAGAACUGUACAGUGACAGUUAUAAAUUUCUCCGCAUCCACCAAAAGGCUAUGAAUUCCAUGUUGUUCAUGAACUAUUUGCGGUAACGGCUGGGGAAGAUAAACUGUUUAGGAAUCAGUGUUAAGCACCUUUUUCAUGUGUUAAUAUCGAGAAUGUUUGUUUUGACUUCGUUUCUGAGUUUGUGUUUGUUUUGCGAUUCCAACACAAAUGUAACAAAUGUUUCUCGUGCGUCUUGUUUCCUUUCUGACGUUUGAUGUAUUGUUUUCAAAAAGGCUUUAACUGUGACAGUGAUGCUAAUUAUAGCUAAGUGUUAUUUUAGCUGCUGCUUGCAUAGCAGGUUGUUUUGAGCGUCGUUAAUUCUGUCGCCAUUUCUGGGUGUUCAGGUGAAUAAAGGUACU